AUGCUGCCUCCUGGGCGCAACCGCACCGUUCAACCGGCAAGGCUGGGAUUACAGAGGCAACUGGCUCAGGUGGACGCCCCAGCGGGCUCAGCCACCCCACUGGGACCCGCGCAGGUGGUCACCGCAGGCCUCCUGACUCUCCUAAUUGUCUGGACCUUGCUCGGGAACGUGCUAGUGUGUGCUGCCAUCGUCCGCAGCCGCCAUCUGCGCGCCAAGAUGACCAACAUCUUCAUCGUAUCCCUAGCUGUCUCAGACCUCUUCGUGGCAUUGCUGGUCAUGCCCUGGAAGGCUGUGGCUGAGGUGGCUGGGUACUGGCCCUUUGGGACAUUCUGUGACAUCUGGGUGGCCUUUGACAUCAUGUGCUCCACUGCUUCCAUCCUGAAUCUGUGUAUCAUCAGCGUGGACCGUUACUGGGCUAUUUCCAGACCCUUCCGCUACGAGCGCAAGAUGACCCAGCGAGUAGCCCUGGUCAUGGUGGGCCUGGCCUGGACCUUGUCCAUCCUCAUCUCCUUCAUCCCGGUCCAACUCAAUUGGCACAGAGACAAGGCAGGCUCCCAGGGCCAAGAGGGCCUGCUGUCCAAUGGGACACCCUGGGAGGAAGGCUGGGAGCUAGAAGGGAGGACGGAGAACUGUGACUCCAGCCUGAACCGAACCUACGCCAUCUCCUCGUCGCUCAUCAGCUUCUACAUCCCGGUGGCCAUCAUGAUCGUGACCUAUACGCGCAUCUACCGCAUUGCGCAGGUGCAGAUCCGCCGGAUCUCCUCCCUAGAGAGGGCAGCUGAGCAUGCUCAGAGCUGCCGGAGUCGUGGAGCCUGUGAACCUGACCCCAGCCUGCGCGCGUCCAUCAAGAAGGAGACCAAGGUCUUCAAAACCCUGUCAAUGAUCAUGGGGGUCUUCGUGUGUUGCUGGUUGCCUUUCUUCAUCCUGAACUGUAUGGUUCCUUUCUGCAGCAGUGGGGAUGCCCAGGGCCCAAAGACUGGCUUCCCCUGUGUCAGCGAGACCACCUUCGACAUAUUCGUCUGGUUUGGCUGGGCCAACUCCUCUCUCAAUCCCAUCAUCUAUGCCUUUAAUGCAGACUUCCGGAAGGUGUUUGCCCAGCUGUUGGGGUGCAGCCACUUCUGCUUCCGGACCCCAGUGCAGACGGUAAACAUCAGUAAUGAACUCAUCUCCUACAACCAAGACACGGUCUUCCACAAGGAGAUCGCUGCUGCCUAUGUCCACAUGAUACCGAAUGCAGUAUCCUCCGGAGACAGGGAGGUGGGAGAGGAGGAGGAGGAGGGGCCUUUCGAUCACAUGUCUCAAAUCUCUCCAACGACCCCAGACGGUGACCUGGCUGCUGAGUCUGUCUGGGAGCUUGACUGUGAGGAAGAGGUUUCCUUAGGCAAAAUCUCACCUCUUACCCCCAAUUGUUUCGAUAAAACUGCUUAGAAACAUCCUCAUGGGCAUAUACAAUGGUGGC